GCAGUGCUGAUAGCUCCACGGGAAGAAAUGAAGAAGAAACCAUGUGCCAAUGGAGCAUGGGUGUUUUCCAAAUAACCACAUCCCCAGAGCGGUGAGCUAUUUGGUAGUUAUUACAUGACAUUGUCAAAUGGGUAAAAAUGAUUGCACGUAUAGGGAUUUGAAAAUAGCACACAAACUUAAAUAUCCCGGAAACAUUAGGUAACCCUAGGUAAAAUGGUAGCCUGUUUAUUAAAAUGUGUCAGUUGAUAGCGGUGAUGAGACAUGAACUUAAAGGAGAGAGAGAGAGAGAGAGGAGAGAGAGUGAGAUUAUGCUGUGGCACUGUGAUAGCGGAGUAGAGAGUCCAACCCCUGGGUGGAGAUUUGUGUGAUUGAUGGUCCCCCUGUGCGCUCACUCGCACACUCUCGCCCCCUGCAACCUUCCCAAUUUCACCAGCACAACCAGGAAUGUGGAUGCACAGCUGGUCCCGUCGCUGAGCGGAUUGGGAAGUCUCUCAUUCGCGACAAUAGACUCAUACCGAAGCACUGAUUUCGUGAACGCCGGAGUCAACUUCUAUUCCAGCGUCCGCUACCGUGGGACUGAAGUCACUGCAUUCCCUGCACAUUCUUUCCACAGAAGGCGAUCCUCCUUCAGAGAACGUGGACCCACCGUCGGCUCAACCGAAAAGUUUCGCUUUUGACCAAUACAUCGGACCACAAUGCAAAACAUCAGAUGGAGAUUACACAAAUAACACAACAGGAGGCGAAUGAUCACGGCACGAGAGACAGCAUGGAGGAGGCAAUCACUAGCGACCUGUAACUCUGUGAAUCACAAUUAAUUUGGAGUUCAAAGAUCCCAGUUCGGAUACUUCACAGUCACAUUUGUUCCAGGAGGGGGGCAAAAAAAAAAACCUCCCAACCACAAUUCACACACAUCCUUCUGUGUAAAGUGGGCCAGAAGAUUGCCCAUCCCAGCAUGGCGUCCAGCCUGACGUGUGUGGGGCUGCUGUGGGCCUUCCUGUCGCUGCUCAGCGCCGCCGCCUCCUGCGUGGGCUUCUUCAUGCCCUACUGGCUGUUGGGCCAGCAGAUGGACAAGCCAGUGUCGUUCGGCACGUUCCGCCGCUGCUCGUACCCAGUGCGCGAUGAGGAGCGGCAGGCCACAGUGAUGGUGGAGCAGUGCGGCCGGUACGCGUCCUUCCAGGGCAUCCCUAGCCUGGAGUGGCGCAUCUGCACGGUGGUGACGGGCGUGGGCUGCGGCCUGCUGCUGCUGGUGGGGCUCACGGCGCUCAUGGGCUGCUGCAUCUCCGAGCUCAUCUCCCGCACCAUUGGACGGGUGGCCGGGGGCAUCCAAUUCGUGGGAGGACUCUUAAUCGGCUCUGGGUGUGCUCUCUAUCCGCUGGGUUGGGACAGUGAGGAGGUCCGGCAGACGUGCGACAACAAAUCCGACCAGUUUCUGCUCGGAUCCUGUCAGAUCGGCUGGGCAUACUACUGCACGGGAGCGGGGGCAGCCUCGGCCAUGCUGCUGUGUACUUGGCUGGCCUGCUUUGCUGGGAAGAAGCAGAAGCAGUACCCAUAUUAGAGCCGCCAUCCGGGGAGAGAGAGGCUGUGAAGUGACAAAACACAGCCAUGGCACGGCACUGAGGCAGAGCUAGCAAGCACGAGAGGCACAACUCAAAAGGCGUGUAUGUGUGUUUGUGUGGGUGUCUGUCUGUCUGUCUGUCUGUCUGUCUGUCUCUUUUUGUGUAUGUGUGUUUGAGAGAAUCUGUGUGUCAGACAAACGGGAGAGGUGAGAGUGAGGGAGAAAAAAAGAGUGUGAGUGUGUGUUUGUUUGUUGUAUAAAUCAGGGACACACACUAAAGGCAAGAUUCUCCACAGCCCUGCCUGUCACAAGGCUCCUUGCAUAUGACGACGCCUAGGCUGCCUCCAACGAGUACGAGAAGGAGCCGCGCGGCAACACAACAAUGUGUCGUCUGAACAGACUGCCUAUUAAAGCAGUUCAACUUUAAGGACAACCACUUCAGCAACAAAACAAAAGAAAAAAACGAAAAAAUGUAAAAGGACCAAUUUUUUCUUUUCUGUAUCACUGUCAAGUAACUCUUUUGAACUAGUGUUUUUUUUUCGUUUGACUUUCAUCUUGCUGGUUGGUGAAGUUCUAGUGGUAGUGUGCCCUGUGACAAAGAGAAAAGAAAAAUGACUUUGUUGUUGUUGUGGAGUGCCCCCCCCCCUUUAUAUACCCUACACAUAUAUUUUAUUUUUAGCAUAUAUCUGCCUUACGUGCAUCAUUAAAAUGCAAUAAUCUCCAUAGUAUACAACCCAGAUGUAGGUCCAUAACACCUAAUCAUAAUGUUUAUCGGUUGAUGUAUGCUAUAGGUAUGUAUAUGUUGUGUUUGACAAUGUAUGUAUCAUAUGAGCAUACACAUUUUUGUACAAAGUAAAUGAAAAAAUAUGAAGCCAUCUAUUGUUUUGUUUUUUUUUGUUGUGUUUGUAAAUAAACACUGUUUAUUAUGGUUGA